ACAAAAAUAUGAAACCCGUUCAGCAUUACGAGGUGCACAUCGAUUCGGAGUAGUAGGCGCCUGCGAAGCGCACAACAAUACUAGUGCGUUGACAUUUGCACGCGUUGCAUCGCAAUUUACCGGUUCAGAACAACAAACAUUGAAUGGAUAAAUAAUACGGAAGAAUGCUAGUAGCACUCACUAAUACUCGGGUUCAAUCUGGUUCGCGAAUUUAUUUCUAUUUGUGUACAGUUUUUUUGCUGCUUAGAGUGCUGGUGUGUGAUGAACAGAUGGUUGAAAGUAACAUUUCACUGCGCGAAGAUCGGAACAAGGGAUCGUAUGGAACGGCACUUCACCGGCAGUAUCGUCCUGGAGGAAAGUGGUGCAAUGCGGAAGAUCUGGCGAUAGCGGACACGAGGCAAAACUUUCAGGACCUGAUGCCAUACCGCAGCAAACAGUUCGAACCAAUGACCGACGACAUAGUGAGGAGUUUCCUGCUGUACUUCACUUCCGUAGCUAAGAUAGUCGACGAUGUGAACGAAUUGGACGAUGACCGAUACAGUUUUGUCUGGUAUGAUACCGUUGGAGACUACCUGCAUGGUUAUCUUUUGCCAGUAGCGAAGUACUGCUUCUACUCUGGUAACGUGACUUAUGAUUCGGUACGUUCGGUACUGGAUUACUAUGGAAAAAUCAAACAUUUGCUGGAUACCGACGGGCACGGAUGGUCACAGACAAAUCUAAGCACUGAACAUGCGAAUCAGAAGAUUCUUCAAGACGGAAAUGCCAAAAGCGAUUCUAAUUGCUCGGAACUGUCAUUUGACAGUUCUACGGAAAUACCACUACCGAAAGUAGAACUUGAUGAUGAGUCGUUGGCGAUUAUUUCUUUGUGGGUACCGUUCAAAUCUCGUCAGCUUUAUGAUCCUCGAUCGAAGUCAUCUCUGUCCAUUCUAAGAUUUUACUAUCUAACUAUCGAUCAGUGCAUUCCACGAAAACAACAAUCUCGUCAGUCAUUCGCGAAUCAGUUUCUUAAAUGGAUCGAUGAGAACGUGAUGAGACAUCUGACGGAUGAGACAUUCUAUCCGGGACUGGAGUCGAUACUCGGCAUCAAACAGACUUUGAUAGCAGAUCUCGGUGGGAAAGUUAUUGCAAAGAAGUCAGUUGAUGAAGAAAAUGACGAGUUUGGAGAAUCCAGAGGAUUUUUUGGAAAUUUCUUCGGUUCCACUGAUUCGACGAAGGAGGACGAAAAUGGUGCAGAUGCGUACCAGAACCGGUGGUUUCUACUUAAAGUUGGCUCAAUCGCGGUAGGGAUAGCCUUAGUGCUGUUGAUCGUUAUCGUACUGAUAAAGAAGUUUAGACGAAAAAUCAAGAAAGAAAGGUCAAAUAUCAGGAGUAAAUCAUGGAAUAAAAGAGAGUUGAUUGUUGAACAAUGUAACGAUUCUGCGGACGAAGAUAUCCUGUUCGAUAAAAAACGUUCCAAGUCGAACGCAUCGAAAACCAAAGAAUGCGGAUGGCGAUACGGUCGCCCAUCGUAUCCACAGGACAGUUUACCGAAGCCAAACACCCGGCGCUACAGCCAGCAGCAAUUGCCAUUUUCCGACUCCGAUGAAGACAAUGAUUUUUUACCAUUCCAACCGAACAAAAACACUGAACGAAUACCGUUGAUCGCGAAAGAUACCGCCAAGAAGCGAAAAUCGCACUGUGGCAGGGGUUGUCUUUGCAUGAAUUGCACCAGCAAAGCUCAAACUUCCAACGAGUCCCACCAGCUGCGAUCCAGCUCGAGCUAUAAACUGGUGAACGAGACUGCUUUAGGAGCAGCGAAACCGAAGAAAACGAUCGAUCCUUCGCCGAGCAAGAUUCAACCAUCGCAAGACGUUGUGAGAACGGAAAGUUUUAGCCGUAGAACGGAUUCAGCAACGAGACGGGCCGAUUGAUGAAACCGACGUUUCCCCGGUACAGAUGAGAUGAUCAUCGAGGUCGAAAUGGUUGACAUGAGGGUUUGUGUUAUGAUUAAGCAGCGGGUGCAAAAUGUGAAGCUUACAUUUACAGAAUCCAAACAGAUGGAACUUAACUUACGGAGGUAAUCUAGUUUUGCGUUGAUACGAAAAU